GGCGCGGCCUAAGCCUCUUUCCUCCCACCGCCCCCGGCCAUGGCCCAGCAUGGAGGACGGCGGCCGUGAGCGGCGCGGCGCGGAGCCCUGCCCGCAGGACCCUGUCCGUGAUGUCGCCGGCCCCGGUGGCCUCGUCCCGCUGCUGCUGCCGGCCCUGCCCGCGCCGGGGGACGGGGAUCCCCGCGGGGCAUCCCCAGAGCCAGGCAGCAGCUCCCGGGGGCCCCUGUCCCGGUCCCUGCGGAAGGCCGAGGCGAUGCUGCGCGGCUGCGUCAGCCCCGGCCUGCGGCGCCUGCUGCCUCCGCGGCCCCGGCGACGCGGCCCCGGCAGCGAGGACGAGGAUGAGGACGAGGAUGAAGAAGAAGCCUCCGCGCUUCUGACCCCGUUGGAGCGGAGCUUCCCGGGGCUGCGCCGCUGCCUCUGCGUCCGCGAGGAUCCGCGCACCGAGACCUUCCACGGCCACGUGCGGCCGCCGCCCUGCGACGCCGACACCGCCGACGCCGUCACCACCGCCGCGGCCUUCUCGUUCCACCCGGUGCACCCGCGCGUGGCCGAGCGCGGCGCGGCCCUGCACGCGCUGCUGCGGCAGCGCCACCUCCUCCGCCUCGCCCGUGACUACAGCCGCCGGCUCCAGGCCGCGUCCGGCUUCCUCCGCCGGCUGCUGGCGCUGCUGCAGGAGCCGGUACCGGAGCUGGACUCGGGGCCGCCGCUGCGGGAGCUGUGCCGGGAGCUGCGGGUGCACACCGGGCACUGGGGCGCGCUGCGGCGGCGGCUGCGCGGGGACCCGUGGCUGCGGGCGCUGGUGCUGCACCGGGGCGAGGCCGUGGCGCACAUGCGGCGGGCGCUGGUGCUGCUGGCGCUGCAGGCGCUGAGCCUGGCUGAGCACCUCGCCGAGGCGCGGCUGCGGGCGCUGGCCCGGACCGGCAGUGCCGCCGCUUCCCUCCCGGAGCUGCUCUCCGACCUCUUCCAGGGCCUGGACAUCUACAACCGGGCCGUGGGUGACCUGGAGCCGGAGCUGGGCGCCGCUGGCUGCCUUCCCACCGGCACCGCCGGCCGUCCCGGUGCUGCCGAAGCCUCAUCCCGCCCCUUCCCAGCGUCCCGGGUGCUGCAGAUUGUGGCAGCUGAGCGGGGCUGGCUGGCGGCCGGGCGGCUCCGGCCCUUCCUACAGCUGCGGGCCGGUGCCGGUGGGGAUGAGCCUGUGCGCUGGGAGGACACCGAGGUGCCUUGGCUGCCGGAGCACGGUUCCGCGGCGGACACGGAUUCCUGCGGCCGGGAGGAGCAUCCCAGCAUGGCCGGGACACUGAGGGCGCUGUGCAGGGAGGAUGAGGAGCUCAUGGGCCUCCUCCUGGGGGUGCUGGUGGCCUCAUCCGGCAGCUUCCAGCACCACGUCCUUCAUGUGCCCAAGGAGAAGCCACCGGCGGCGGCACCGGGGCCCCCGGAGCCCCAAGAGCCGGGCUGGGCCGGCUGGACAUCGGUACCGGCGGCCCAGGCCCUGCUCGCACGGUACCGACCGCUGUUCUGGGACGCCGCGGCCGCCGCGCUGGGGCACGGUGCGGAGCUGCUGCCCGGCGGGACUCUGCCGGCGGCGGCGCUUGAGCUGAGUGGCGCCAUCGGCGCCGCUCCUGUGCCCCGGGAGUGCCGGGAAGAGCUGGGGCGGCUCAGCCUGAGCUUGCUGUGCCGCGGCGCGCUCCGGAGCUGGGACACAGGCUUCACCUGCGCCCUGGGCUCGGCUCUCUCCGACAAGUGCUCCGGGGAUGCGGUGCCGGCGUCGGGCCCUGUGCGGAGCCGCACAGCGACGCUGCUGCACCGGCUGUACCCGGCCCUGGCCCUGGCCCUGCGCUGCCUGCGCCCGCCGCCCGGUCAGUGGGGUCCGGGGAGGGGGACGGGGACACGGCGGGGUCCUGCCCCACAUCUCAUCCCCACCUCUGUCCCCCCAGACCUUCCCCCCGGGCCCCCCUGCCUGCGCCUGCAAGUCCUGGGCUGCUGCCUGGCCACGGUGCAGGCUGCCCACUCCUGGCUGACCGGCAGAGCCUGCAGGUACCUGGCGGCCUGGGCUCUGCCCCAGUUCCUGCUUGUCACCCAGGGGGACCUGCAGCUGCUGAAGAUGGAGACAGACAAACUGGUGCUGCUGGUGAAAGGUACCUUCCCAGAGCCUGGGGAUGUCUCCCCACCGCUGCCCCUCCUUGUGAUGUCAAACCAGGAGCUCCAGCUCUGCCAGCGCAUUCGUUCCAUGGCCACCAGCAUCCAGCUCUUCUCAGGGGACGUGCUGAAGAUGUUCUCCACCGGCUGCAAGCGGAUGUCGGCACAGAUCUUCCACCAGACCAUGCCCAGGGGCAAGCACUGGAGGAUCUCACUGCGCGCCGAGCUGCCCAGUUGCCCCAGUGCAUAUGCAGCAGCAGCAGCGCAGGCAGUGCUGGGGCAGGUGCUGCAGGGAGCGCGGCUGCUGCCCCGUGACGCGCAGGCCCCCGCCAUGGCCGGGGGCACCACGGCCUUCCUGGAAGCCUGGAUGGAGCACAUCCUGGAGCACCGCAUCCGCUUCAGCCUGCAGGGAGCGCUGCAGCUCCGGCAGGACUUCGAGCUGGUGCGGGAGCUGGUGGCCUCGGAGCGCUCCGGGCUGGCCCCGGAGACCCGGCGGGAGCUGGUGGCCCUGAGCGUGUUCCAGCAGAUGGAUGGAGCCAUCCUGUGCCUCCUGCAGCAGCCCGGAGCCGCGGCCAGAGCCGGAGCGCGGCCGUGGAACAGCCUCAGGCACUGCUGCUCAGACAACGGCUCCCACCCCCCGGAGCCGGCAGCGGGGAUCCUGCAGGGUCUGGACACGCUGGAGGCUCCGGUGCCGGUGGCUCCCGCCCCGUGUCCUGCCGGUGCCGCGGGGCCGGCGCGCCCCGGGGUCCCCGAGUCCUACCUGUCGGGCCGGCAGCAGCAGUGGCUGGCGCUGCGGCUGCACCGCGCUCGCCGGUGGCGCGUCCCGGGGCUGCCCUGCAUCCGCGACCCCUCCGGGCAAUAAACCCUGAGCGGGA